CUCCCAAGAAGAACCGAGGUCCCGGCCGGGUCCUUUUCCUCCACCGGCCCUUCUCCCCAGCCAGCGAGCGCCCCGGCCCGGCCCCCAGCCGAAGACACUUGACACACCGUCUUACCCCUGUCAUCUCAUCCCUCAGCCUAGUUUCACCCCGGGCCUGGGAACCCUGGUGUCCUUGGCCCAUUGUCCCUGGGCCCGGCUCCGCACUAACCGCAGGCUCGGCCCUAGCCCCUGACCCGCGCGUCUCCCCCGGCAACGCGCCGCCACUCGGGAUGCAGCCGGCAGGCUGGGCGGCGGUCAAGGAGGCGGCGGGCCGCGACGUGCUGGCCGCCGACCUCCGGUGCAGCCUCUUCGCCUCGGCGCUGCAGAGCUACAAGCGCGACUCGGUGCUGCGGCCCUUCCCCGCGUCCUAUGCCCGCCACGACUGCAAGGACUUUGAGGCCCUGCUUGCAGAUGCCAGCAAGUUACCCAACCUGAAAGAACUUCUCCAGUCUUCUGGAGACAAAGACGUACGGGCCAGGGAUCUGGUGAGCUGGAUUUUAUCCUCAAAGGUCCUGACAGUCCACAGUGCAGGGAAGUCAGAGUUCGAAAAGAUCCAAAAGCUGACUGGUGCCCCUCAGACGCCUGUCCCCGUGCCGGACUUCCUGUUUGAAAUUGAAUACUCCAACCCAGCGAACGCCAAAUUUUAUGAGACCAAAGGAGAACGGGACCUAAUCUACGCCUUCCACGGGAGCCGCCUCGAAAACUUCCAUUCCAUCAUCCACAAUGGGCUGCAUUGCCACCUAAACAAGACGUCCUUGUUUGGGGAAGGGACCUACCUCACCAGUGACUUGAGCCUGGCCCUCAUUUACAGCCCCCACGGCCUGGGAUGGCAGCGCAGCCUCCUUGGCCCCAUCCUCAGCUGCGUGGCUGUGUGUGAAGUCAUUGAUCAUCCAGAUGUCAAGUGCCAAAUGAAGAAGAAGGAUUCCAAGGAGAUAGAUCGCAGGAGAGCAAGAAUCAAACACAGCGAAGGGGGAGACGUCCCCCCAAAGUACUUUGUGGUCACGAAUAACCAGCUCCUGCGAGUGAAGUACCUGCUGGUGUACUCACAGAGGCAGCCCAGCAGGGCUUCCAGCCAGCUGUCCUGGUUUUCCAGCCAUUGGUUUAUGGUCAUGAUAUCCCUGUAUCUGCUGCUGCUGCUUAUUGUGAGUGCCAUCAAUUCCUCAGCUUUCCAUCACUUUUGGAAUCGUGCAAAGAGAUAAUCCCUUGGGGCCUGGUGUGGGGGCCACCUCAACCACGUGCCUUAUGAUAUAAUCUGUUCUGUAUCUCCCUUGCCCCAUGUCCAACCGGGUGGAGUCUGGGGGCCAGCUGGGGACCACAGGACAAUUUUCAUACACCAUAAAUGUAUUGAUUGCCUUUGACAAUGCUCCCGGCCACACUCUGGUCAGUGGGGACCAUGAGGCUCCUCACUCUGAGGUUUCAGGGGAGUCCUCCUGUCUUCUCCUUCCUAAACAAUCCUAGGGAGUUGGCUUUUCUGCCAGGGCCAAAGGAAAAAAUCCUGCUGCAUUUAAAAACAAAGUGUCCAAGCUGUCAGUGGUAUGUUUACAAUCGCUCCUGGCAGACCUUGGCCCUUUCUCUAAUGCCUUCUGGAAGGCGGAAUAUGUGUAGUGGGGACUAUAAAUCAUGAGGCGGUUGCCUUGUUUUGACUUGAGACACCCAAGAGGAACAGUCAUGUUUCUCAUAAAAAUCGGUGGGAUCGUUUCUGAAUUCCAUCAGCCUUUGUACAUGAGUGCAAAACAUUUUUGCAGUUUUCUCAAAUCCACAAACAGCCUUCUGCUACAGUUGUCACCCCUCUGCCCCAACCAUGGAAGAGAAAGGAAGGAGCCAGAGACUUGAUAAAAAAGACAAACUUGACAAUGAGCAACUCAUGUCAUCUUUUUCUAAAAAUUACCAACUGCUGAUUACAGCUGAAAUGGAAACACGUUUGUGUUUUUUUGUUUUUCUUUUCUUUUCUUUAUUUUUUUAAAUAGCUAUUUGACAAAUUCAUCUUCGGGAGCUGAGUAAAAGGGAGAUUUCUAAACCUAGAGCACUCUUUGGCCGAUGCCUGUAGUCUCUUUCCUGGCCAUGUUUUAGAGAGCCACAGGCCUGCCCCCUAUUCUCGUUCUCACGAAGCUGCCUUGACGGUGGCCUCCCAGCCACAAGUGCCACGUCGCAGGCCUUCUGUGGGCUGCCGGCCUUCAGGAGAGAGGCCUGCCUCAGUCUGCCACAAAGGUGCAUGGACUGAGCCUUCCUUAGAGGGGUUGCAGGUCUUUGGGACUCAGCCUGGGCUUUAAAAGUGCCGAGGAAGCCUCUGGCUGCCCACGGGAGUUGUGCUUGCUGAUUCUCUGCCCUUCCUUCCUGCCCUGUUUCAGCCAUCAUGGAGCCCCAUCUGAUCUGGGGGGUAGAUUUCUAUAAAGAUGGUGGAAAGUCAGCUUUCUAUAAUCUGUGAAGUUGUGAAAAAGCCACUAUCAUGGUUUUUACAUUGAGUAUGGCAACAUUUCAAAAAUAAUAAAGGUAUUUUCCUAAUUA